ACAAACCCCUCUGGCAUCAUGUCUGGCCCGGCCCGCGCUCACCCAAUGUCAUUAGGCCCAUCAACCAAAUAGCACUCCAUUCGAUGCUACGCGUCUGUAGUAGUGAUGUGUAGUUACUACAACGGGUUUUCGUGCCUAUGAUUCGCGGUAAUCACCAACAUUUUAUUUUGUUUUUUUUUAUGCGCUUGUGAAGGCCGGCAAAUAAAGCCGGUGGAAGGGCACCGCAAAGUAUCGUGCUCUGCUCACUCUCUCCAAGACCAAAUGACAUGCGUUGCGUUGCGUUGCUUGCUAGCAACUUGAUAUAUUCUUGCUGCCAUGCCAAUCGUCGGUGCUGAUCCUAAUCAUCCUGUCUAAGCUCAGACGACGACACAUCGAGGGAUGCCCCUCGCCGGAGCCGCGACGGCCGCGAACCUGCCACGACUCGCCCCCUACGCCCAAGUACCAGCCCGCCCACCACGCUGUCUUCGCCACUCGGCAUCGCCGACGUGGCGGCCCUCGCCGACGCCGACGCCAAGAGCGUCUCCCCGCCCGCAUGGCCGGACGACGACGACGACGACGUCGCCGGGAGGGACGACUGGGUCCACCAUCUCCCGCCCCUUGACAUGCACAUGCCGCCGCUCGGCCUCGGCGCCGCAGAGGCCUGGGAGCCCCACGCGCAACCUCCGGGUCCGGGCGGCCUCACCCUCUCGCACGCCCAGCAGACCCACGACAGCACCUUCCUCGGCUGGUUUAUUGCCGACGACGUCGCCAUGUCGGGCGUCAUGGACGACCACAACUCCCACUCGGUACUUCAUGACCUCGACCACAUACCCUCUUCCUCCGUGCCGCCGCCGCAGUUCCAGCCUCUCGCGCCCCACGUGCACUACCCGCCCAAGCUGCACCACCACCAAAACCCCGUGGUGCCCGCGUCGCCUCCCAAGCACACGCUCCUGAAACCCAAGCCGGAGGCGCCGGGGACCGACGACGCUUCCACGGCGGUGGACCAGCUCGCCGAGGCCGCCAAGCUUGCCGAAGCCGGAGACGUUUUCGGCGCCCGCGAGAUACUGGCGCGGCUCAACUACCUGCUCCCGCCCGGCGCCGCGACGGCGACGCCACUGCUCCGCUCCGCCUUCUACUUCAAGGAGGCUCUGCGCGCUGCCCUGUCCACCACCGCCUCCGCAACCGCCGCCGCCGCCGCCGCGCCGGUGGACGUGCUCCUAAAGCUCGGUGCCUACAAGGACUUCUCCGAGCUCUGCCCCGUGCUCCAGUUCGCGCACUUCACCUGCGUCCAGGCCAUGCUCGACGAGCUGGGUGGCGCUGCCUGCAUCCACGUGCUGGACUUGGACAUCGGCGUCGGCGAGCAGUGGGCGUCGCUCAUGCAGGAGCUGGCCAGCCGCCGCCCGGGCGCCGCGCUCAAGGUCACCGCAUUGGUGUCCGCGGCGUCGCACCACCCGCUGGAGCUGCAGCUCGUCCACGAGAACCUGUCCAACUUCGCGGCCGAGACGCGCGUCCCGUUCCAGCUGGCCUUCUUCAACCUCGACGCCAUGGACCCCGCGGAGCUGCUCGCUACCGCCGCCGGCGACGCCGUCGCCGUCCACCUCCCGGCCGGCUCCGUGCACGCCCCCGCGGUGCCGUCCGUCCUUCACCUCGUCAGGCGGCUUGGCGCCAAGCUUGUCGUCUCCGUGGACCGCAGCUGUGACCGCGGCGAGCUGCCCUUCGCCGCGCACUUCCAGUCCUGCGUGUUCCUGCUCGAGUCCCUGGACGCCGUCGGCACGGGCCCCGACAUCACCGCCAAGAUCGAGCGCUUCUUGAUCCAGCCGAGGAUCGAGAGGUGCCUGGCGGAGAGGUACCGCGCCGCGGCGGCGGGCGACAAGACGCCGCCCUGGCGGGCAAUGCUCGUGUCGGCCGGCUUCGUGCCGGUGCAGGCAAGCAGCUUGGCGGAGGCGCAGGCGGAGGCGUUGCUCAAGAAGGUGCCCGUGCGGGGCUUCCGCGUCGAGAAGCGCGCCGGCUCGCUCGUCCUGCAUUGGCAACGCGGGGAGCUGCUCUCCGUGUCCGCCUGGAGAUGCUAGCACCUUGCUGCUGCUCAAUCUGCCAUUGUUUAAGGAUCCUGAUAUAUGUAUCUUAGAUAGAAUCCACAAGUCUGCUCGUGCUUUGUACAAUCAAAUGGGGGUUAUAUGGUGUAUGAAAUGUUCCCUGCACUCAGGCAUUGGAUGCUUGUUUUUUCUGUGAAGUUCAUGAUCAUGAGAUUCAGAACUAUGAAUGGAAAUUAAGUUCCUCUUU